AUGAACGGUCGGCCAGGGCGCGAGAUCCGCCGAUUCAUUCAAGACUCCAACCAUGCACGACGGAAUGAAAUUGCCAAGGCUCUGGGUCUGAACUAUGCCUUCUUCUGUGAGUUUGAGGAGCUCAGGUCUCCGCUGCGGACGCCAGAGCUCCAGGUAUUGGGUGGAGGGGUCCAUGGCAAUGCCAUACUCUCCAAGUUUGACAUUCUAGAUUUGGGCCUAGUGCAGCACAGUGUGCACCCGGUGGACUGGAACAAGGCCGAGGAACCUAGGGCGAGGCUGGAGCCGCGUCGAGGGGAGCGCGCGGUGCUGAGGGCUCGCAUCGCAGCGCCUGGCACCAACCUCGUGGUCUACUGCGCGCACCUGGAGGUGUUCUGCGGGGCUCUCGUCAGGAUGCGGCACCUGGCAGACAUAUUCAAUGACGCCAGGAGCCAGAUCGACCAGGGCUAUCCUAGGAUAGCCAUCCUGGGGGACAUGAAUACCAUGGCACAUGGAGUGGCCCGCCUGUCGCCAUCCUACUGCUGCGAUCGCAUGCGGUUCAGGUUCCUGGGCAGCACAGAGGGAGAGGUGUGGCAGGACAAGAUCCUCAGCGUGCCUGAUCCACGGUAUUCUGAGCCCCAUGCCACUGACGCCUUGGCACCAAACCCACACGUGCUGGCGUGGGGCCUCCCGCCGCAAGUGGCUCUAGGCGCCCUGAACCCGGGCUUCUCAGACCCCUUUGAUGCCAGAAAUACAGUCACGCUGGACAACCCCAAGUAUCGCUGGGGCCCUUGGUCGCUUAUGGCUGGGAAGCUGGACUGGAUGAUGCUACGCCAGCUGACGGUGCACAGCACCAGCCUGGGGAAUCAGGGGUACGAGCUUUCCGACCAUGCAUGGCUGUGUGCUGACGUGUCGGUCUAG